AUGACUCAAAAUGGUAUUCUUCACCAGUCUUCCUAUGUUGAUACACCAUCUCAAAAUGGUGUUGUUGAAAGAAAAAAUCGACAUCUUCUUGUGGUAGCUAGGGCACUUUUUUUUCAAAUGAAGGCACCUAAACAUUUAUGGGCUGAUGUAGUUUCUACAGCGUGUUUUUUGAUUAAUCGCAUGCUAUCUUCUAUCCUUGACGAGGACGUUUCUAAAUUGGAUCCAAAGUCUCUUAAAUGUGUUUUCCUUAUAUACUCGCGGCUCCAAAAAGGAUACAGGCGUUUUUCUCUAACUCUUAAUCAUUACAUUGUUUCUGCUAAUGUUACAUUUUUUGAGUCUACUCCAUUAUUUCCUCAAACAUUUAUGUAUGAGAAUCAGGGGGAGGAUGAUGACCUUUUAGUUUACACUACUUCAGACUCAAAUCCACCAUCUUCAUCGUCAGAAGAUCUAGUUAUUACUACUAAUUAUGAUCCUAUUUUAGAUCUUCCCAUUGCUCUUCGCAAAGGUAAGAAGGCUAUUGGAUGCAAAUGGGUUUUUUCAGUAAAGACAAAUCCUUAUGGUUCUAUAACCAGAUUGAAAGCACACCUUGUAGCCAAAGGAUAUGUUCAAACAUAUCAGGAGGAGGUAUAUAUAGAGCGGCCACCAGGGUUUGUUGCUCAGGGAGAGUUAGGUAAAGUUUGCAGACUUCGAAAGUCUCUUUAUGGCUUGAAACAAAGUCCUCGAGCUUGGUUUGAAAGAUUCAAUGAAGUAGUACAAGAUUUUGGUAUCCAAAAGAGUAUUUCAUCUCUUAAACACUUCUUUUAG